AUGUCUACCGCCGAGCUCGCCUGCUCCUACGCCGCUCUCAUCCUUGCUGAUGAGGGCCUUGAGAUCUCCGCCGACAAGAUCCAGACCCUCAUCGGUGCCGCCAAGGUUGAGGAGAUUGAGCCCAUCUGGGCCACCAUCUUCGCCAAGGCUCUUGAGGGCAAGGACGUCAAGGACCUCCUGACCAACGUCGGCUCUGCCGGUCCCGCCGCUGCUGGUGGUGCCCCCGCCGCCGGCGGUGCUGCCGCCCCCGCCGAGGCUGUCGCUGAGGAGAAGGAGGAGGAGAAGGAGGAGUCCGAUGACGACAUGGGAUUCGGACUUUUCGACUAA